AAUCUAUCAUACUCUCGUGACCCUCACUACCCUUCUCUCUCUCUCUCUCUCUCUCCCUCUCCGUCUCCCCUCCCUUCCCUCUCUCCAUUGAGUACAUGGGUGAUUGAAGGUGAAGGGUCAGAUCUCUCUCUCUCUCUCUCUCUCUCUGCCUCUCUGUCUCUCUCUCUGUCUCUCUUCCAUUUGGAAAGGACUUAUGCAGGGUCAGAGAAGAGCAAGAAGCUUGUGAUAGUGAGGCUUGAGCUGAAUUUGAGGCUGCUCUGUUGGUGAAAUGACAUUCGACAGUUAGAGAAGCAUGGCUCAGAGUAUAAGAAGUAACAGGUCCUCCUUCAGCUCUCUAAUUGGCAAUGGAGAUUCUCCUUUACACAAUUCCUCGUCUUUCUCAAACGGAGGGGACGGCUAUGACAGUGACGGCUCCAAUUUCGCACCCCUCACCCCCACUACCCUCUCGAGGGCUAUACCACCUGAACUUGCUGGUGCUAUCCCUCUGUACGAUCGAUUCCAGGUGGAGGAAUUCUUGCGGUUGAUGCAGAAACAAAUUCAUUCUUCUGGGAAGCGUGGUUUUUUCUUGAAAAAGUCUGUAGGGCCUCAAGUUCGUGAAAAGUUCACUUUCGAGGAUAUGUUAUGCUUCCAAAAGGAACCUAUACCAACUUCAUUGCUUAAGAUUAAUAGCGAUCUGGUAAGCCGCGCUAUGAAGCUAUUCCAGAUAAUCUUAAAGUAUAUUGGAGUCGACUCAGAUCGAGGUCCACCAAACUUGGAUGAACAGAUCGAACUUGUUGGGAAACUUUACAAGCAAACAUUGAAGCGAUCCGAGCUUCGUGACGAGCUCUUUGCUCAAAUUUCAAAACAAACACGGAAUAACCCUGAUAUGCAAUCCUUGAUUAGAGCUUGGGAGCUGAUGUACUUAUGUGCAUCUUCAAUGCCUCCUAGCAAGGACAUUGGUGCCUUCUUGUCAGAGUACAUUCAUAAUGUUGCACAUGGUGUCCACACUGAUUCUGAGGUCCAAGUCCUUGCUAUGAGUGCGAUGAAUGCUUUGAAGCGUUCCAUUAAGGCAGGGCCCAGGCACACAAUACCUGGCCGUGAGGAAAUUGAGGCACUUUUGACAGGAAGGAAGCUUACAACAAUCGUGUUUUUCUUGGAUGAGACUUUCGAAGAAAUAGCUUAUGACAUGGCAACAACAGUGGCUGAUGCAGUUGAGGAACUUGCUGGGAUUAUUAAACUGUCAGCAUACUCUAGCUUCAGUCUAUUUGAAUGCCGUAAAGCUGUCACUGGUUCAAAAUCACCAGAACCGGGAAACGAGGAGUAUAUUGGGCUUGAUGAUAACAAAUAUAUUGGGGACCUGUUGGCUGAAUUCAAAGCAUCAAAGGAUCGAAGCAAGGGAGAAAUUUUGCACUGCAAGCUCACGUUUAAGAAGAAGUUAUUUCGGGAGUCUGAUGAGGCUGUGACAGAUCCAAUGUUUGUGCAGUUGUCGUAUGUGCAAUUACAACAUGAUUAUAUUUUGGGGAAUUAUCCUGUUGGACGGGAUGAUGCUGCUCAGCUUUCUGCCUUGCAAAUACUGGCAGAUAUAGGGUUUGUUGUGAAUCCUGAAUCAUGCACGGAUUGGAGUUCACUUUUGGAACAAUAUCUUCCUAGGCAGAUUGCUAUCACUCGAGCAAAGAGGGAAUGGGAGUUGGAUAUUCUUUCUCGUUACCGCUUAAUGGAACAUUUCACGAAAGAUGAUGCUAGGCAACAGUUUCUGCGGAUAUUACGAACACUUCCAUAUGGGAAUUCUGUCUUCUUCAGCGUUCGGAAGAUCGAUGAUCCGAUAGGACUUUUGCCUGGUCGGAUUGUAUUAGGAAUCAAUAAACGGGGGGUUCAUUUUUUCCGUCCUGUCCCAAAGGAGUAUCUGCAUUCUGCGGAAUUAAGAGAUAUAAUGCAGUUUGGAAGCAGCAACACUGCUGUCUUCUUCAAGAUGAGGGUAGCUGGAGUUCUUCACAUAUUUCAGUUUGAAACCAAGCAGGGCGAGGAAAUCUGUGUCGCACUUCAGACUCAUAUUAAUGACGUUAUGCUGCGACGGUAUUCCAAGGCCAGAUCCGUUGCUGGUGGCUCUACAAAUGGCGAUGUUUCCAACAAUUUUAAGACUCCCAGUAUGGAAGUGUAUGAAAAGCGUAUUCAGGAAUUGUCUAAAGCUGUUGAAGAAUCUCAAAACAAUGCCGAACGGUUGCUUGAGGAACUGCGAGAAAAGCGAAAUCAAGAAGCAAAUUUGCUAGAGGAAAUGCAAGCUUUGAGAGAUGCACUGAGAUUAGAGAAGCAAAACUCAGAAGAGGUGUUGCUCACUUGUGAUAGGCUAAGAACUUUGUGCGAGGAUAAAGACAAGGCCCUUCAGGUUGUACAGUCCGAAAAGAAGGGCUUGGAAGCAAAAUUCACCAAGUUGGGCACUCAAGCUACAGAAAAUAUCACCAAAAGAGAUGUGGCAUCAAAUAACCAGGCAUUGCAGAAACUUCAAGAAGAGUUGAAAUUGUGUACUGAAGAGCUGCAUGAGAAGGAGGAAACCCUAAGCAGGGUACUAAAUGAGAAGGCAUUGUUGGAACAGAAGUUAUCAAGACUGGAAAAGAAGAAUGCUGAUGAGAUUGAAUUGCUGAAGAAGAGCUUUGAGCAAGAGCGACAAGGCCUGAAGCUCAGAGCCUCUGAACUUGAAAAGAAAGUGGAAAGAGUCAAAAAGGAUUUAGUUACCACUGAGUCAGCUCUUUCAGUUAGAGAUGCAGAGCUAGCUUCGAUACAGAACAACUUGAAAGAAUUGGAGGAAUUAAGAGAGAUGAAAGAGGAUAUUGAUCGGAAGAAUGAGCAGACAGCUGCAAUCUUGAAGAUGCAGGCUGCUCAACUGUCUGAGCUUGAAGUGCUCUACAAAGAAGAACAAACUCUAAGAAAACGUUAUUUCAAUACCAUCGAAGACAUGAAGGGCAAAAUCCGAGUCUACUGUAGAAUGAGACCUUUGAGUGAGAAAGAGGUCUCUGAAAAGCAAAGGCGUGUGCUAUCGAGCACAGAUGAGUUCACAGUUGAACAUCUGUGGAAAGAUGACAAAGCGAAGCAACACAUAUAUGAUCGGGUAUUCGACGGGUCCGCUACUCAAGAGGAUGUCUUUGAGGAUACUAGAUAUCUGGUCCAAUCAGCUGUCGAUGGGUUCAAUGUAUGCAUCUUUGCUUAUGGUCAAACGGGUUCUGGGAAGACUUUUACAAUCUACGGAUCUGGUGACAAUCCCGGGCUUACACCUCGAGCAACCAAUGAACUUUUCAAAAUCCUGAAACGAGACAGCAACAAAUUCUCAUUUUCGCUGAAGGCAUAUAUGGUGGAGUUAUAUCAAGACACACUUGUUGAUCUUCUUCUACCCAAAAGUGCCAAGAGAUUGAAAUUGGACAUAAAGAAAGACUCGAAGGGUAUGGUCUCUGUGGAAAAUGUCACGGUGGUGUCGAUAUCAACCAUUGAGGAAUUGAGAGGCAUCAUUCAAAGAGGUUCAGAACAGAGACACACAUCUGGGACUCAAAUGAAUGAAGAAAGUUCUAGAUCUCAUUUGAUUCUAUCCAUCGUUAUUGAGAGCACAAACCUCCAGACGCAAGCUGUUGCAAGAGGGAAGCUAAGCUUUGUGGAUCUUGCGGGUUCCGAGAGGGUGAAGAAAUCGGGGUCUUCAGGAAGUCAACUAAAGGAAGCCCAAAGCAUCAACAAGUCUCUUUCGGCUCUUGGAGAUGUCAUAAGUGCCCUAUCCACUGGUGAGCAACACAUCCCUUAUCGGAACCACAAGUUGACGAUGCUGAUGAGCGACUCGCUUGGCGGCAACGCAAAGACGCUCAUGUUCGUCAAUGUGUCUCCUGCUGAAUCGAACUUGGAUGAGACUUACAAUUCUCUAAUGUAUGCAUCAAGGGUCCGGUCAAUUGUGAAUGACCCGAGCAAGAAUGUGUCGUCAAAGGAGGUUGCCCGUCUGAAGAAGUUGGUCGCCUACUGGAAGGAGCAAGCAGGAAGAAAGGGCGACGAUGAGGAGCUCGAAGAGAUUCAAGACGAGCGCCCAGCAAGGGAGAAGAGAGACGGGCGACAUUCCCUGUGAACUGCUCGAAGAAGCAACGGGUAACAACACUUUCCAAGACUCACUAGACUCUGAAAAGGUUGGAUGGUGGCCGAGGGAAAACCACUUAUGGGAACCGGCCUCUCAUAGUUUCUCUUGUUUCACGAGUCACGACACAAACCAGUAUGUUUCACAAGUCACGACAUAAACCAGUAGAAGGGCUUCUAUGUAAACCGUGUAUAGUCUGAAUGUUGUAUAUAUUCUUUGAUGCUCUUACAAUGCUCGAUACAUCUGGAAUCUAUCAGCAGAUUGCUGGUGGAAGAACAUCGGUCGAGAUUUUUUGUAUUGUAGGGUUGUUGUAAGAGCAUUUGUUUAUCUGUUAAAUUUUGGAGAAAGUGCUCAGGUUGGUUAAUCACCGAUUUAUUGGCUUAUUCAUGGACAGUAAACUAAACCUAAGCUGUUCUGAGGCA